AGAAAAGCGGAGGGGAUAACUUUUUGGAAUUUGGCUCAGCGGGUCCUCUUUGAGGUUGCGCUCGCUGCCGGCUCCCACUCUCUCUCUCUCACUCACUCUCUCUCUCUCUCUCUUUCCCUCUGGGAAGGUUAAUACUUAAGCAGGUUUAUUAAUCCUGAAGGCCUCAGCGUGUUUAGCUUUGCCACCACUACAGUGUCAAUCAGGAUGUACAGCUUUAUGGGAGGCGGUUUGUUCUGUGCCAUCGUGGGCAACAUCUUGUUGGUGGUCUCCACGGCGACGGACUACUGGAUGCAGUAUAGACUGUCUGGCAGCUUCGCUCAUCAGGGCCUGUGGAGAUACUGUAUGUCUGGCAAAUGCUACACGCAGACUGACAGUAUUGCUUAUUGGAACGCAACCCGUGCCUUCAUGAUCCUCUCUGCGAUGUCUUGUUUCACGGGAAUCAUCGCAGGCAUCCUCUCCUUCGCGCACUUUUCCGCCUUUGAGCGGUUCAACCGUUCCUUUGCAGCAGGCAUCAUGUUUUUUGUUUCCACACUCUUUGUGCUGCUCGCCAUGGCGAUCUACACCGGUGUGACGGUGAACUUCCUAGGAAAACGUUUUGGCGAUUGGCGUUUCUCCUGGUCCUACAUACUGGGCUGGGUUGCUAUACUCAUGACCUUUUUUGCAGGUAUAUUUUACAUGUGUGCCUACAGGAUGCACGAAUGCCGAAGAAUGGCCGGCCCUCGCUAAAAUGAAAAAGAAACGAACACUGAAGUGCCUAAACAUGAAUUGUAUAUAUAUAUGAUGUCUGGAUAUCUGGUUCUUAACUCGAAUGAAAAUCCGAAGAUGCAGGUCUUUCUGUACCUUGUAGCAGCAUUUGUUUAGCAUCAAUUCGAAUCCAACCCUGAUAUGAAUUUAAGAUGAAGUGCUAAUUAGCCCACAAUACAGAAAAAGAUACAAAAUCUCCAAUAAAAUUUCAGACCAUUCUC